CACGCACCACGUCAUCAAAUCGCGCUAGGCUCUUAGAGGACCCUUAUACGCCUCGUGUUUCGCCAACAAGUACUGUCAACAUUUUAGUAGCUCUCGAUUCUUCCGACGCUAAAGACCGAUUUAUUUACUCGUUGGUGUGAUCAUGAGCUCUCAAAUAACGUGUGUUGGUUGGGUGACGAGGGGGGUUUCUAAAGAAACACCAGAUAAAGUUGAAUUGAGCAAAGAGGAGCUGCAGCGCAUCAUAGCUGAGGCUAAGAAUGAAUUAAGGCAAGAUGAUGAGGAGGAGGAGGAAGAGGAAGAAUGCCCGGUGAGUGAUCAAGAGAAGACAGAAAGUCGGUCAGCCUCAGAAAUGCCUGAUGCAGGUGAUGAAAAGCCAGCAGAUGAUCUUGCUGAGUAUGAACUGGACAAAUAUGAUGAGGAAGAUCUUGAGGCUGCUAAUAUCGGGGACAGUUUGGCAGGUCUGACAGUGUUUGGCAAUAACGAAGAAGAUCCUUAUGUCACCAUUAAAGACACAGACCAGUAUGAACGAGAGGACUUCGAGAUCAAACCUACUGAUAAUCUCAUUCUGGCUGGUAGGGCUGAAAAGGAUUGUUGCAAUCUUGAAGUUUAUGUGUAUAACUCUGAAGAGAACUCUCUCUAUGUCCACCAUGACAUCCUCCUGCCUGCUUAUCCACUGAGUGUCGAGUGGCUGAACUUUGACCCAAGCCCUGAGGAAGGCACAGGGAAUUAUGCAGCCAUAGGAAACAUGACUCCAGUUAUUGACGUGUGGGAUCUGGACGUGGUUGAUAGCUUAGAGCCUGUGUUUUCUCUGGGAAGCAGUAAGAAGACCAAGAAAAAAAAGAAGAAGAAGAAUGCUGCAGAGGCUAUAGAGGGCCACACUGAUGCUGUAUUGGAUUUGUCAUGGAACGCGAUGGUUAGGAACGUUUUGGGAAGUGCUUCUGCUGAUGAGACUGUGGUUCUUUGGGACCUCGUGCAAGGAAAACCGGCGACGACACUAAGACGUCACACUGAUAAGGUCCAGACUCUAAAGUUUCACCCAUUUGAGGCACAGACUCUAAUCACUGGGUCAUAUGAUAAGUCAGCUAUCCUGUAUGACUGUCGCAAUCCAGAAUCCAGCAAUCGUGUCUGGCGUUUCAGCGGUCAGGUGGAACGACUGGUGUGGAAUCACUUCUCUCCCUGCAACUUCCUUGCAAGUACAGAGGAUGGCUUUGUUUACUGUUUAGAUGCCAGAUCAGACAAGCUGGUCUUCACUCUGAGGGCACAUGAUGGAGAGGUGUCGGGUAUGAACCUGAGCAGUCAAGUAAGUGGCUGUCUGGUUACCAGUUCUGCUGACAAACAAGUGAAGAUCUGGGAUAUUCUUGGAAACAAACCCAAGCUCAUUCACUCCAGAGACAUGAAAAUGGGAGUGCUGUUUUGUGCAGCUUGCUGUCCUGACAUGCCAUUCGUUUAUGCAUUUGGAGGACAGAAGGAUGGAUUGCGAGUUUGGGACAUUAGUGAUGUAGCUGCAGUGGCGGAGGCUUUCGGCAGUCGGGAACGUUUGGUUGCCAGCACAGUGUCUGCGGGUUCCAGCAGCAGCAUGGUUGACAUGGAGGUCUCUUAAUGGUACAGCUAGAGACUAUAUGCGACCAAAGAACUUAUUUUUGAAAUGCAAAUAUUUGCUGUCCUGAUCCGUGUCUCUCCUGGGUAUGAGAUGGGAAUACACCCUGGAUGGAAUGACACAUUGAAUCAAACACACACAUGUUAACAUGUUUAUAUCCGGGGACAAUUUAGACUAGUGAAUCAAGCUACUGUCAUGUUUUUAAGACGUAGAAAAAGACAUUCAUUAUGUGCCUCAUACAGUUUUAUGGAAUGUUUGUAUGUAUGUAAAGUUCUCAGACCAAUCAGCAUUUAAACCUCUUGGUUCUUGGCAUUUGAUUUUGGGAAGUUUUUCUUAAUCCUGAUUAUUUAUAUAUCUCCUAAUUCAAUUCAUCAGCAAAAUUUUCAAAUCUGUAGAAAGAGGAGGAAGGAAAAUUUGUAGUCCGUAACUAGGUUUGAGAUGCACUGAUUGGUUUACGUAAUUAUAACAAAUUCCAAGAAGUCACAAAAAGCCUCUACUAAGAAUUGAGAGCCAAUAAUCUCCUGUUAUUUAAAAAAACAAACAACAACUGCUAUUUACUUUUUUUUUUUUUUACUAUUUAAAAUAUACAAAUUUACUAUUUGGGGGUAAAAAAUAGUAGUGCAAUGCUGAAAAUGUACAAGAUCUUUACUGUGUUUUGCUUGGCCAAGUUAUCCAAUAUCAUGUAAAAGUUCAUUCACUUAAAGAGGAUAGAUUAAAAAAAAAAAAAGCUAAUACAGUGUCAAUAUGUGGUAGUUGUUAUUAUGGAAUUAUAUUAAUUCUGUAAAAUACGAAUGAAAAUGUAACACUUAAAUAUUCUGCAUAAAUAAAAUUUAAUAAUCAUUUAUAAAUCAA